UAUUAAUUUAAUGAAAAAAGUGAGAAAAAACACAUCUGACUCGUAGAAAAUUUCUAGUUUUUUACGUAUAAUAAUUAAAAAAAUAUAAAAAAUUCAAGAAAAAAAGUUGAAAUAGCAAUAUGCUUAAAAUAUACUUAAUAGGGCUUGUAGCCUUAUGCUCGUUGCAAUGUCUGAUCCAAGCUGAAAUGAUUAUACAGGACGAAUUGGUGGAUGAAGUGUCUGGUUUGUACACCAUCGAGGGUAAAGUCUAUCCACCAGAAAUACAAAUGGGCAUGAGUUAUAAUCCCAGUGCAGCUCAACAAAACAGCAAUAACAAAUGGCAGACAGAAACCGUAUUGACAAUUAAUGGCGGCGAAUAUAAGGGUUUUAUAAGAGAAGAUGGUUCUUUUGUUAUAAGUUCAGUGCCCUCGGGCAGCUAUGUCGUGGAAAUUUAUAAUGCUGACUAUUUCUAUGAACCCAUUAGGGUAGAAAUUAAUCCGAAGGGUAAAUUCCGGGCCCGUAAGGUGAACUAUGUGCAACCCUCACAAAUUGUACAAGUACCUUAUCCUUUAAAACUAAAAGCUUUGACUAGAUUUAAGUAUUUCCAAACCCGUGAACAAUGGAAGAUCACUGAUUUCCUAUUCAGUCCCAUGGUCUUGAUGAUGGUUUUACCUUUGGUAUUAAUGUUGGUUUUACCUAAGAUGAUUAACGAUCCCGAAACUAAAAAAGAAUUAGAAAACAUACAAUUCCCUAAAAUGAAUAACGAAAUGCCUGAAAUAAGUGAAAUGUUUACUUCAUUGUUUAGCGGUGGUGCUCCCAAACAACCGGAAAAGGAAAAGAAAUCCUCUUCCUCGAAUAAGCAAACCAAAAAAAGAAACUAGUCAUUAAUAGUGUAAAAAACGUGAUUUAGUUUAAAUUUACUAUAUCAAAAAAUUUAUGUAUUUGAAUAACAAUUUAUGGGCUUUUUUGUUUCUUUUUUUUUAAUAAAACUUAAAAAUAUAUUGGUUUUACACUAACCAAAUUAAAAUAAUUAAA